AUGCUGGAUGGUUCCGAUGGAACAAGGAACGUGUUCCCAGCAGUGCUUGACUUUGUUCAGAGAGUGGUGGAGAAACUAAAUGUGGGUGAGGGCAAAGACCGUGUGUCUGUGGUCCAGUACAGCAGAGACCCAGUGGCCCACUUCUACCUAAACACCCACUCAAGGAAGGAAGAUGUUCUUGAGAAUGUUAGAAGUCUGAGACAUAAGGAGGAAGGCCCCUCAACACUGGUGCAGCUCUCCAUCGAAGACCGUGCUGCCAAGAGAGACGUCGUUCUCCUCAUUGAUGGUUCAGACAGAAAUAGGAAUGGAUUCCCCGCCAUGCGUGAGUUUGUUCAGAGAGUGGUGGAGAAACUCCAUGUGGAUGAAGGCAGAGACCGCGUUUCUGUGGUCCAGUACAGCCAAGAGCCCGAGGCUAGUUUCUAUCUGAACACCUACACCACAAAGGAAGAGGUUCUGGAACAUGUCCGCGGUCUGAGGCACAAAGGAGGGAGACCCCUCAACACCGGGUCAGCCCUCCAGUAUGUGAGAGACAGUGUCCUCAGUGAUUCCUCUGGCAGUAGACGCCUGCAGGGUGUCCCACAGAUACUGAUUUUACUGAACGGUGGAAGGUCUUCUGACAGUGUGGACACGCCAGCCUCUGCUCUUAGGGAGCUGGGAGUGAAAAUCUUUACCAUUGGCAACAGAUACUCUGACAGCAGAGAAUUGCAGAGGAUUUCAAAAGAGCCUAGCAAUGCAGUGUCAGUGUCUGACUUCAGUGACCUCCCCAGUGUUCAGGAGCAGCUCUUGGAUUCCGUAGAAACCGUUGUCGUCUCUGUGACACCAACAACCCCAACUGUCUUAGUUGACCAAACCGCACCCAGAAAGGAUGUUGUAUUCCUGCUGGAUGGCUCUGAUUACACUAGGAAUGCCUUCCCAGCUAUGAAGGACUUUGUUCAGAGGGUAGUGGAGAAGCUAAAUGUGAUGGAGAACAGAGAUCGUGUGUCUGUGGUCCAAUACAGCAGAGACCCAGAGGCCCAUUUCUAUCUGAACACAUACACAGGAAAGGAAGAAACUCUUGACGCUGUGAGAGCUCUGAGGCACAAAGGAGGCAGGCCCCUCAACACCGGGGCGGCUCUCCAAGAAAAAUGA